AUGGAAACAUAUUGUUGCAGUAAUGGGAUUGAUAGAAUAAGCUCAUUGCCCGUUGAUAUACUUCACAACAUUCUUUCAAAUCUCUGUAUUUUUGAUGUGAUUCAUAUGACUGUAUUGUCGAAAAGAUGGAAAUACAUAAGCACUACCAUCCCCUACUUCCGGUUUGAUAGUAGUUUCUCUGAUUCAGAUCCAGAUCAUGAGGAAUUCAAAGAAUUUAUCGAUACCUUUUUAAUUUCCCAUAAAACGAUUAACCUUGUCCGUUUUAUCCUCUCAUGUAGCAAUAUGUUUGAAAGCACAGAUAUAUUGCGUUUUAUUGAUGCAGCAACAAGAAGAAAUGUUGAACAACUUGUGUUGUGGUUUUCGCCUUGUGAGCCAUUUGAGUUACCGCAUUGUCUUGAUGGAGAAUGGAGGGAGAAUUAUUUAAAGUAUCAAGAAUGGUGUGACUAUUGGCAGAUGCAUGAUCCUGAAGUAAGCAUUGUGUGUUUGGACUCUCAUCUAAAAUCGAUUCAGUUGAUUGGUUUCAAAGAUGAAGAAAACGAGAUAGAACUAAUAAGGUUUUUUCUGAAGAAUGCACGGGUAUUGGAAAAAUUUAGGAUUGUUUGUGCUGGUUAUGCUCUGACAUCAAAAGAGGCAUCAAAGAAGGUUUUGAAUAUUCCUACAACUUCUUCACAAGUUCUUUUGACAUUUCACGAUGCCAAGCUCAAACGGUGGUCUGAUAACUGGUUGGAUAAUUGUUAG